UGUAUUUGACCUUCCACAGGUAUGCUGCCUGGCAUGGGCCCUCCUCUUGUUCCCAUGAUGCACCACCCUCAGUUGGCCCUGGCGGCGCCCGCCUUGUCAGGCCUCCAGUUCCCAGAGUGGUCUGAGUACAAAACGGCCGACGGGAAAACCUACUACUACAACAACCGCACACUGGAGUCCACCUGGGACAAACCCCAGGAACUACGGGAGAAAGAGAAAGAGGCAGAGAAGGCCAAAGAGAGACAGCAGGCCCUGGAGGAGGAGGCUAUGGAGAUGGAGGAUGAACAGCCUAAAAUAGAGCUCCCUAAGGAGGUGAAGGAGCAGGUUAAGGAGGAGGAGAUGACUGAAGAGGAGAAAGCAGCACAGAAAGCCAAGCCCGUGGCCACUAACCCAAUACCUGGCACUCCCUGGUAUGUAACAGAAAGCCAAGCCUGUGGCCACUAACCCAA